AUGACAAAUGUCCUUAUUCAAAAACUGAAAGACUUAGAUAUACCUAUCGAUGACAUGAGAGGCCAAGGGUACGACAAUGGUUCAAAUAUGCGUGGUCAAAAUAGUGGUGUUCAAGCUAGAAUUUAUGUAUUUUUUUCUGGAUCAACUCAUCGUUGGGACGUAUUUAAAAAACAUGUUAAUAGUCUUACCCUUAAACCAUUAAGUGCAACACGCUGGGAGAGCAGAGUUGACGCUGUUAAAGCCAUUCGAUUUCAAGUUGGGGAAGUAUAUGAUUCGUUAAUAGAAAUUGUAGAAGACUUAACACUUGUGAAUGCAACUGGAGUAAAAUGUCGUGCAGAAGCCAAAAGUAUUGCUGAAAAAUUAGUUGAUUUUAAAUUUUUGUGUUGUCUUGUUAUUUGGUAUGAUAUAUUGUUCGAAAUUAACCAUACAAGUAAAUUACUUCAAUCUGUGUCAUUGAAUAUAUCAGAAACUAUAACACAAUUAAAGAAUACAAUAAUAUUUUUGAAAGAAUAUCGUACAGAUGAAGGAUUUCAAAAGACGUUAGAACAAGCUAAGACACUAGCAAAUGAACUUCAAAUUGAGGCUAACUUUCCUGUCCCAACUCGAAUUCGUCGUAGAACUACUCAAUUUGCAUAUGAAUCACAAGACGAACCUAUUCAUGAUCCAAAACAAAGUUUUAAAAUUAACUUUUUCCAUCAGAUUUUAGAUUCUGCUAUCCAAUCAAUCAAUGAAAGAUUUUCACAACUUACAGAUCAUAGUGAUUUAUUUUCAUUUCUCUAUAAUAUAACUGAGAUUUCUGAUUUUGACGAACUUAUGAAAAAAUGUAAGGAUUUAAAAAUAGCACUAACUUCAAGUGAUGGAUUAAGUUUGGAUAUAAUUGCUGUUGAAUUGUAUAGUGAAAUUAUAUCUUUGCAAAAACGUUUUACUCUCGAAACGUGUAAUCCAAAAUCAGUUCUUGCAUACAUAUGUAGAAACAAGUUGAUAGAACUUUACCCUAAUACAUAUGUGAUAUUAAGGAUUCUAUUGACUUUACCUGUAACUGCUGCAACAGCCGAGAGGAGUUUUUCAAAACUUAAAAUAUUAAAAAAUUAUUUGCGAUCAAAUAUGUCUCAAGACCAAUUAGUAGGAUUAGCCACUCUCUCUAUUGAAAGCGAAAUCGCUGAAGAAUUGGACAUGGAUGAACUCAUACAGAGCUUUGCUUCGCUAAAAGCAAGAAAAGUUAAUUUUAAAUAA